AGAUGGCGACUCACAUGUUGAUAAGGGCAGGACUGAGACCAUUGACUGCUGUCAUCAGGCUGCAGCGUUCAUACAGUAGUCAUCCCAACAAUACGGUUUCUCAGUACCCUGGUGUGAUUGAAUCUCAAGCAGAGUAUCACUUUGUGGAGAGGCUGAUUCCUCCUACCCAAGUUCCUGAGCCACCAAAACAUGAAGGCCCUACUCCUUCUGGCUGGAUUCCACCAAAAGGCCCACCUCCUGACCUCCCUUACAUGGUUAGACGUUCUCGGAUGCAUAACGUUCCUGUAUACACAGAUAUCACACAUGGAAACCGUCAGAUGACUGUGAUCCGCAAGAUUGAAGGAGACAUUUGGGCUUUAGAAGCUGAAGUGCGGGAGUUUUUGAGCAGCCUUACAGGAAAGGCUCCCCCAACUCAAGUUAAUGAGAUCAGCCGCACGAUCAGGAUCAAGGGUUACUACGACAAAGAGCUAUGCAACUGGCUUGCUGAAAAAGGCUUUUGAUGUGGACACUUUUUUUUUUUUUUUUUUUUUUUUUUUUGCAUAAUGGUGUCACGAAUGUAGUUGCUGUAUAGGUUUUGGAGCUACUACCUUGGCAGAAGUAAAUAACAGGAGCCAUGAAACACAAAAUCAGUCUUAGAUUACAUCAAGUGUGAAGACGUGUAAGUGUGACAGGAGUCCAAAAGCAGAUACUAAAACCUUGCAGAACUAGCCAAACAUAAACCGCAAACGAUCUAAGAGGAGCUUGUUGUUUUUGUUAAUAUAAAUAAAAUGUUUUUGUAGAUAUUAUGUAUAAUUUACAUAAGCAGAUAUCUCUUGUGCAGGAGUUGUACUGUGUGCAGGUGUCAAGCUCUUAUAAUAAGCCUUUCUGAAAUAAGGACACCCACGCUAUCGGGCAGAACAAAUGUAUCUCACGUGGGAGACACAGUGAGCUUUCUUUUGUAGGAGCAGAGGUGACAGACUCUUGUUCAUGGUUCUAUGCACAUCCUAAUUCAAUACUUUCUUCAACUACAGAUGUAUGAUACAUCACACCCCUGAUAUUGCUGUAAUGUGUAUAUA